GGCAUCGAAGAGGACGCAACACUUCUAGACAGCUGCUUUCGCGGACGUGAAUGUCGUCGGCAACUGAAGGAAUUACUUCUAGCAGAGAAAGCUGAAGGAGGAGGUCAAGUAGAUCAUGACAGUGGUGGACCUGGAACCCCUACUGGGGGAUUCUUGAAUGCCGAGUUCGACGCGAAAUACACUGUGAGCGCCAUACGUGCAGAGUUGCUGGCUGAUUCACAGCACAUAGUCGCCCAAGAAAACGUGGAAGCUUCUUGCUCGGGUGUCAAUUUCUUCCAGCCAGAGAGUCCUCGAGGUGGUGCAAGGUGCCUCAAUAACGAGUUUUUCGUAGAUGAAUUUGCGAAACGAGUAGCACAGGAGGAGGAUGAAGUUCACGCUGAAGAACGACGAAGAAGAAAUCGACUGCUUGGUGAAACAUGGCGCAUCAAAAACAAGACAGUAAAUGGACCAUUGAAGACUACAGCCAUAACAACUUCUACUUCCAAACCGGC